AAACAACCAGAAACCUCCCCUUCCGCCUGACCCCUCUCCCCGCUGCGUCCCCCGAACGGCGAACGCUGCCAUCCCAUCCUGCCGUUUGCCGCCGCAAAACUCAUCGUUUUUUUUUUAAAAUACCUGGCGCCUGAUCACGGAAAGGGACGGCAACAAAUCGCCGUGCGCCAGCGGCCAGCGCACAGCCGAGCUCCAGAGAGGAGGCGGAGCUGCGGGGGACGGGGGGAGACGGAGGAGGUCCCGGCGUCCCGCGCCUCCCCGAUUGGACAACUUAAUGACCCCUAGUCCCUAGUAGCAAGUCGGCUUUGUGCGCGCGUGCUCUGCUGCCCACCCGGCCGCCCCAUUUGUUUACUGGGUGUCUGGGUCCAGUCCCCGCCCCGAAUCUUUUCCCUCCUCCCGCACCCCAGGCCGCAGCAGCAGCACCGGCGCACCGCCACCCACUCGCCCCGCCUCCGUGCCCGCGCAACUCGCGCCUGCAGCGUGUGGGAGAUGUGAUCGGAGCCCGGCCGUCGGUUCGAGUGUUUUCUUCUGCCUCUGGGCUGUGGCGCGGGGAGGAGGCAAGCUGGCGGUGAGAUGGGUCGGUGCGGAGGAGGAAGCGGAGCAGGAGCAGGAGGGGGAGCUUUGGGCGGCUGUGCUCUCCUCACCGCCGCCUUGGUUAUCUCAACGCUCGUGAUCCAGGGCGCUGGAGGAUCUAAGCAAUCUCAUGCACCUGCUGUUGCUCGCAAGGUUCUUCUAUCCAUAACGAAUUGGCACCCACACAAUUACUUGGAUGAUGUACUUCAUCCAUCACAAGUACAAGAUCAAAGGCUCGAACGUUUAGGCCAAGAUGCCCCAUCAUUUCAUACUGGCAAUGAACUUCCAAAUCCUCAUCUCCGUCAAGUACCUGCUGCUUUGCCAUCUCUUCCAGUUCAACCAUAUGCGCCUCAUCCUAAAAUUUCUGCUGACAAUCCAACCGCUGCACCUUCUUUUCAAAAGAUACCCUGGUUGUCAUUGACUUCACCGCCUUUGCCUGCAAUUGGGCGACGAAUGCAAAGUCCAGCAGCUUCUCCAGAAACAGCAGUUCAUCCAGCUAAACAUGGCAAGGAUCAUGGAACUCCAGUUUCAGCACCUUCAAAUGUUAGUCAUCACCAUGCGAUGCCUGCGAAUAAUACACAUGGAAAAACUCAUGGAACUCCAGUUUUGGCACCAGAAAAGAGAAGGCAUCACCACUUGCCUGCAAAUAAUUCAUAUGUGAAAGGACCUGCUGUUUCUCCCUCAAAGUCUCCCAUCAUCCACAGGAAAGGACAUGGUGUUCCAGUUGCUGCACCUCCAAAAGAACACUGGAGCUAUUUACCACCUGCAAAUCGUAGACACCACAAAGGUUCUCGUCCUGCUCCACGUAAAAGUAACAAUACUUCUGCACCAAGCCAUGUAUAUCCUGGUAGUCCUGCACCUGCACCUGAACGUUUGCCUCCAUCAAAAGGAAAGGGGCAAGGAAAUUCUGCUCAUGCUCCACGCCAUCCCAAUCAUUACCAUUCGCCAUCAUAUUCUCCAGGAUCAGCUCUACCACCUGCGCAUCCACCUGACGCUCCUGCAUUUAGAAAGCCCAAGGCUUUGGCACCAGCGCCUAGUCAAUCGCUGCUACCUCCACCAACAAAUUCAUACUGCACGGCACCCUGCUCAGAUCCUCUGACCAAUAGUCCUCCAGGAAUGACAUGCCUCUGUGUGUUGCCAAUAAAAGUUGAGCUUCGCUUUGGUAUAGCAUUGUACACGUUCUUUACACUUGUUCCUGAACUUGCACAAGAUAUUGCAUCUGGAGUGUUCAUGAAUCAAAGUCAAGUUCGUGUUAUGGGGGCAAAUGCUGCACCUGAUGACCCUGAAAAGACAAUCGUCUUUAUUGAUCUUGUGCCACUGGGACCAAAAUUUGACAAUGCGACAGCAUUUUUAGUAUUUGAAAGGUUUUGUAAUAAGCAGGUCAUCAUAAACCCUAUGGAUUUUGGAAAGUAUGACGUAUUGUAUGUUCUUUACCAAGGUCUCCCUCCGUCACCACCAGCAGCAAGCAUGAACAAUGGUCUUAGCAAUGUUAAUGAUCCAAGUUUACAUCCGCUUGCUGCCGAUGUGGUAAAUCAUAAGGAAAGAAAAGGCAGGGGCAUAAUUAUAAUUAUUAUUCUAUCAAGUGCUUUUGCUUUUAUUUUAUGUGCUGGAGCUGCACUGGUGGUUUAUUUCAAGCUUAGAAACCGCAGCCAUUUAACUGAAGCAUCACCUGUGCCAACAAAACCUGCAGGUCCUGGUUCUGCAAUGUUGGGGAACAGGCUAGAAAGCAGACCUAUUUCGGCAUCACCAUCCUUCAGCUCAAGUUUGGUGGCAUAUAAAGGAACUGCCAAAACGUUUAAUCUGGUUGAGAUGGAGAGAGCCACACUAGGAUUUGAUGAGUCCAGAAUUAUUGGGGAGGGUGGUUUUGGGCGUGUCUAUGAAGGUAUUCUUGAGGAUGGAGAGCGGGUUGCUAUCAAGGUUUUAAAACGGGACGAUCAGCAAGGUACCCGGGAGUUUUUGGCUGAGGUUGAGAUGCUUAGCCGAUUGCAUCACAGGAACUUGGUUAAGCUGAUAGGUAUAUGCACAGAGGGGCAUAGCCGAUGUUUGGUAUAUGAGCUUGUUCCAAAUGGCAGUGUGGAAUCUCACUUGCAUGGAUCAGAUAAGGGAGCCGCUCGGUUUGACUGGGACGCUAGGCUCAAAAUCGCACUAGGUGCAGCACGUGGACUUGCAUAUUUGCAUGAAGAUUCAAGCCCACGUGUCAUACACCGCGAUUUCAAGUCCAGCAACAUCUUACUGGAACAUGACUUCACCCCAAAGGUGUCGGACUUCGGCUUAGCAAGGACAGCUCUGGGUGAGGGAAACGAGCAUAUUUCAACUCGUGUUAUGGGAACUUUUGGGUACGUUGCACCUGAAUAUGCAAUGACUGGCCAUCUUCUGGUAAAGAGUGAUGUUUACAGCUACGGCGUAGUUCUCCUUGAGCUCCUUACAGGGAUGAAACCGGUGGAUAUGUUAAGGCCUCCUGGGCAGGAGAACUUGGUGGCAUGGGCUGGUUCGCUUCUGACAAGCAGGGAUGGUCUGGAAUCGAUCGUAGAUCCUUCACUCGGGAGCAGCAUUCCGUUCGACAGCAUCGCAAGAGUAGCAGCCAUUGCUUCUAUGUGUGUCCAGCCUGAGGUGGACCAGCGCCCGUUCAUGGGCGAAGUAGUCCAAGCUCUAAAGCUGGUGUGCGACGAAGGCAGCGAGUUCAACGGAUCCACGAGCUUUAGCCAAGAUCUGCGUAUCCAGGAUGUUGAGGCUAUGAGUAGAGCGAGUGGGGAUGUAGACUUCGUUGACCCAACGCUAUCUGCCGAGCUGUUCACCUCAUCAGCGCGUUAUGAUGCUAUGGAUGCCUCUGGUUCUUUCCGAAGAUACUCGAGUUCAGGUCCUCUGAGAGUAGGGAGAGCUGGACUGGACAAAGAGAGGGGGCUGUCAACAGGCAGCUCAAGUGAGCACGUUGGGCUACAAAGGUUUAGAAUUGAUUCAGAAUAGUCAGCCUGCAUCCUGCAAGCAGCUUAUCAUGAUUGGGAGUGCAGAACUAGACUUCUUCGGAAGCUUAAACUAGACUUCGCACAGAUUUUUUGUACAGUUCUAGAGAUGUGUAGAUGCCUUUAGGAAAAAGAGGUGUACACAAGCGAGUUUUUCAGCUUUAAUCCCCCACGGUCCGUAAUAGGUUUUGCCGUUGCAGCACGUUCAAGGCGCUCGUGCACGCACUGUCACCAUUUUUUGAGUUCAAUGGGGGAAAAAACCCUAUCCUGAUUGGCCGCAACCUUUGCAUUUA